CACUGAACCCACUGUGUACACAGGCGUGUAAGCGGACAGGGACUCUGCAGACCAGCUACUGCACCCAUGACUUUGUUAUUACGGGUAAGAUCAUGUCUGUGACUGCUGGUCAAAGAGGCUCCGCAAAAGUGGAGGUGGCCCUGAUCAAGGCCUACAAGACAGGACGCCUCAACGUCGCCAAAUCAGGCCCGACCACGUCAGUCACUCUGACCUCCACCUGCAAGAGAUGCCCCGGCCUAAGCAAAGGCUUGAACUACGUGUUGAUGGGGAAAGUGGACGCUCAGGGCAACGGCCAGCUGAGCCCCUCCAGCUUUACUCUCCUCUAUAAGCCCAUCCACGCCAAAGCACUCGCCCUCCUUUCUCGCAAAUCAUGCUGACCUCACGGCCCCAUCCACCAAUCACAGCACACACCUGCAGAGCCCUGACUCUCUAAAAAAAAAAAAACAGCUACACAAAAACAUGUAACUUAACAUAAAGACUGAAAAUAUUAUGACUUAUAUCCAAAAACAUUUCUUAUACGAUGUAAAACAGUUGAUUAUUUACAUUUUUUUGAAAGAGUAAACACACCGUUGACUGUUGUGUAUUUUAUAUGUAAAUUAUAUUGUUUGUGUUAAA